GCCCAACAAAACUACCGCCCCGCCCCGGCAGUUCUCUCUCUCUCUCUCUGGCAGAGAUCUUGCCCCUAACCGGCCGAAAAAUUCAAUCUAUCCUCUCUUCCUCCUGACCUUUCCGAUUCUCUCCCCUUUGCUUCCACUACUCCCUUUCGCCACGCGAACACUCCCUCAGCCGCUCUAUAAACCCAACCACCGGCACAGAUUCACCCACACGUCUCUCUGUUUGAUUACAAUUCUUCGUUCUCACCCAUUGUGUGACGAUUGAGUUUUGAAUUGGGCUGAACCAUGGAAAUGGUUCAAUUCUUGGGCGGGUUUCCAUUUGGUUGAAUAGGAUCGUAGAGGGUGGUUCAGCUCAGUCUUAAGACGAGUUCAAUCAGUGCCACGUUGAGUUUUGGGUUGGCUUGAGAGUUCUCUAUAGAAUCUAUUGGCGGAAAAAUUGAGGGAACAACAUGUUGGUAACAUCCUGUCUUCAACACUACCUGUAUAGCUUCAUCUUCAACUGCCCUCUGGUUUAGUUGGUAUAUUUACAGUGAAGCAAAUGGAAUUCCGAUGCAUUCAAUGUGGGUUUCCGAACAAAACCCUGUACAUACAAUACUCUCCGGGGAAUAUCCGGCUAAUGAAAUGCGAUAAUUGCAAAGCUGUUGCGGACGAAUACAUCGAAUGUGAGAUCAUGAUUGUUCUGAUUGAUUUGAUUUUGCACAAGGCAAAGGCAUAUAGACAUUUGUUCUUCAACGUGUUGUCUGGAGAGGCUCUGAACUUUGAGGGCUUCUUUUGGAAAGUUGCUUUCAUGUAUCUUCUUUUGGAUGCUUACAGGAUAUUGCUUUUGAGUGGAAUUGAACAGAGAUUGAGUUUGUCUGUGGGCUUUGAUUCAGUUCUGUGGAGCUGUGAAAAGACAUUGAUGGAUGUUUUCUGUGGAAACUUCAUUUUUCUUGGCACGUUGCUCCUUGGGACAAGAAAGUUGCUGAACACAUCGGCUGGGAUUUUUGGUUUGAGGGUUAGGAUUUGGAAUUGAAUGCUGACUAGAUAUGCAUAUCGGAGGAGAGAGAAGGAGAGGAGCAGGGAGAGAGAGAAUAGAGAUACCUGAGAUCCUAUGAAGAGUGUUUCUGGUGCCAUCAUCCUUUAUUGUGAUCACAAGUUGAUGAUCAUUGUGAAGCAAAACCUUUUUUCGAUAAUGCUGUGGGCCGUAACUUUGAAA